AUGAGUGACUUGGAGGCAGACAUAUCGGGGUUGGAUCUAAAUGUGUCGACAACAGUGUCUUUUGCUGGACGUCUCAUGCGAUUAGACACUGAAGAAGAUGUGGAGCCGAUAGUGUCGGCGGUGAAGGGGUGCCAGCGAUUGGUCACUUUGAACCUCGAGGGCAACACUUUGGGCAUCAGUGCUGCCAAACAGUUGGCUAAGAGUCUUGAGAGCUGUGCGAGUGUUGAGAACGUAUUGUUUAAUAACUUAUUCACUGGUCGUCUGAAGACCGAAAUUCCCGAUGUAUUGGUGUUCAUGACGUCUGGUCUGAUGCUAAGCAACGCCCGCCUCAACACUUUGGAUCUGAGCGACAACGCCAUCGGACCCGUUGGCAUGCCUUCGUUGCUGCCAUUCCUCCAAAGCCAUUCUUGUCAAUCACUCCACACUCUGAGACUCAAUAAUUGUGGUUUAGGUGUCGGCGGCGGACAUCUAUUGGCCAAAGGCUUAGUUCAUCUCAAGUCUUUGAAAACAUUGAUUUGUGGCAGAAAUCGAUUAGAAAUCUUGGGUUCAGAAGCCAUUGGCAACGCUUUGGCCGAAUUGCAUACUUUGGAGACCUUAGAAAUGCCUCAAAAUGGGAUUCACAGUAAAGCUAUUGAAGCCAUUUGUGGUGCUAUUGUUGCCAAUAAGGGUCUCAAACAUCUCAAUUUAAAUGACAAUAAUUUGAAAACUGAGGCCAAAACUAUAGCCUCUGCUCUCAAGACUCUGAAUUCAAUAGAAAGCAUUAAUUUUGGCGAUUGUAUACUUAAGACCGAAGGCUGUAUUGCUAUCUGUGAGGCCAUCAUUGAAUCCAAUGCUUCCAAUUUGAAAGAAGUUAUUUUAAGUGGUAAUGAGAUUGGGGGCCAAAAAGCGGUUAAUGUCAUCAUUGAAUGUGCACAACAAUUAGCAAACAGUAGUAAUCAAACCGUUAAAUUGAAACUAGAAUUGAAUGAUAAUAAUUUUGGCGACUCUGGGGUGAAAGCGCUAUCUUUAGCUUUGGAACAACUCAUUCAUAUGGAUAUUAAGUAUUUAUUUGACAUGUAUUUGUUUGAAACUCAUAUUAAGCACAACUCAAUCAACUGUUAUAGUAAUGAUGAGGGCUCUGCCGAAGAAGAUUCCGAUGCACACGACGCGGACCAACCAAAUGAAGCAAAUGAAGACACCAUUCAUAGAGAUGACGGCAAUGAGUUUGGAGACAAAGCAGUGGCCGAUCGCCGAGAUGUACACAAUUCGGAAGCCAUUGUUGAAGAGUUAACUCGAAAAAUAGAAAAUGAUUUGACAGAUAUUAAUGACUUAUGUUCUCAUUUUGUGCAAAUAUCUGUCGAUGGAUUCGAUAAGCAGACAUCGAAGCUCAGAGACGAAGCUUUAAUAGAAAGUGAAGUUUGUCUAAAGUGUGCGAUCCGUAGCGAUCCAAAUGAGUUCAUAGCUAUGAACGCGCUUUUAGUCUAUUUGGGACUUUUGAAAGAUGAAACAGGAGUUUAUAAACAUGUCGAUGAUCUUAGGGGUCCAUUAUCUGCUAUCACCCAUUCUCUCGGACUCUUAACUCCUCAACAAAAGCAUGUUUUACGGGCUUUUAUGAACAGACCAAACAAGUCAAUUGAAAUGUGCGGAAAGAUUAGACACAAUUUGAUGCAACAGUUGUUUAUUUGAUAUUUGCGAUCGACGCCACACUCUGUUGAACGCGUGGAUCCAGUAAUUGAAUAUAUUAUAUCUUAUAUCAUAGGCACUCAAAUUCAUCAUUAAGUCAACAAAACAUCAAUGUAUUCUCCUCUCAAAUCCCAUCCCAGUGCCCAAAGUGUGUGCAUAAGCCUAACAACAUCUCCUCUUUACAUAAUUUGAUACCAUAUAGUAUUCAUAAUAGAAUUACAAUUACAGUUAGUACUAACGAAUAUAUACAUGUAUAUUAAAGUUAGCUAAAGC